GGAUCACAUACAACUACCAGGAGAUAGAGGUUUCUAGGUACGAGUACUUACGAGAUGUUAAUUUGACACCGACACCGUAGAAGUCAAUGUUAUGUCUUAAAUCUAAUGAUGACCACUAAAAUGUCAACGUCGUCUCGUGCGUUUGCUGCCAGAGCGAGGACUUAUUUCUAGUGCUUGCUGUCACUGAGGCAACGGCUCUUCGGUUUCCCAAGAGCAUCUUCACCUUAGUGGCGACAUAAGUAAUCUCUCAUCUGCAACGUCCGUGGCGACCCAAGAUGUCGGAAGUAACCUCCACUGCUGCGACUUCUAGCUCUGCACCGGAUGUGAAGAAGGCACUUGCUUCCCGGAGGAAGGAUGUGGAUCCAGAUCGAAAAUAUCACAUAGCGUUUGGUGUGGUCGGAGCCGCGAUUGCUUUUGUUAAGUUUGUUAAAAUUGAUUGCUUUACAAUUAUACUGAUAGGACCACGGCAGCGCCGGCGCUUAGCUAGUAGUAGAUAAGUUCUUGCCUGACUUUUCUUUUUUCGGUUUUUGUUUUUUCUAGUUAGAUAUAAUGCUCCACCAACAUUAUAAGCAAGGAAAUGAUGCAAAGUGUGACACUUAACGGCCGGGUGGCUAAAGUGUUUCGUGAGGCACCUAAGGGACUUGGCGCUUGAGUAUUGAAGGUUACUACUUGAGCAAGGCACGUAAGGGACUUGUCGCGUAAGUGGUGGCAGUCACCGCUUAAGCGAGGCACCUGAGGGACUCGCUUACGUGGUGGUUGUCACCUCCUAAGCGAGGCACCUGAGGGGGCUUUUCGCUUAUAAGUAGUGACUCUCACCGCUUAAGCGCGGCACUUAAGGGGUUCUUGGCUUAUAAGCGUGAAGGCACUUCGCUCAUACAACGACAGACUUGAAGAACUUCUAAGGACUUACUGUACAAAAAUUGGAAAUUACAACACCUCCCUCACUCGUCUCCUUCUAAUCCCGGUCUUGUAGUACCGCUAUUAUCACCGGCGCCGAAGCCAGGGUCCAUAUUCGUGAAUGACGCAGGACUGAUAUCCCACGUGAAUAACAACGCGCAUAGUUGGCAAGCUGGGGAGAUAAGCUCCUUCGAAGGAUGGACAGUCAAGCAAGUGAAGAAGUGGGCGGCUGUGGGGGUAUAAGUAUCUUCUUUUGGCUAGUAGAUCAUAUAGUGGAGUAUAGUUUACAGAGCAUUCUGUCUUUAUGCUAGAUAGAAUACUAGACAGAAUACUUCAAUUUAUUGGCUAGUAGAUCAUAUAGUGGAGUAUAGUUAGGCAGUAUAGAUUGAUCCUUAUUCAGAUUAUUAUUAUACCCUAGAAGGUCGUGGUAGAUCAUGGAUAUGGUGUUGCCGUCUCCUGUCUCAAAUUCAUGUUUGUUGGAUGAAUGCAACACACGGAAAAUGUCGUAGCGCACACCGACAUGUCCAUCUCAGGUAUCUCAAGGUGGUUUGCUGAAUUCGCAGCAGUGUAAUGUUGGAGAAAUACCUGGGAUUCCAUCAGAAUUUGAUGCCAGGAAAAGGUGGCCUGACUGUUUCGCGAAGCAAGAGGACAGAGUAUACCACCAAGGAAAUUGCAGUGCCAGUUACGCGAUAAGCACAGCGACGACACUUAGCAUUAUGAUUUGGACCAUGUCGUGUAAGUUUGAUCAUCUGUAAGAAUCAUGGAACUACAAAAAUGAUUUUUUGAAUCGACACGAUAAACCUUGUCAACACGGAUAAGAUCCAUUGUAAUCUUCCCCACCCUCUAACGCCAAUCGUUUCUGCAUCUCCGAUCCAGAGUUAUAUUCAGAACUGCAGCUGGCGCCGCAGUACAUGCUUAGUUGUGAUCAGCAUGUAAACAAGGGUUGUAUGGGAGGCGAUUUAGACAAAGUCUACUAUUUUACGGAAGGGCAUGGUAUAAAAAUUUUAGAAAGUAGUUUAUUCCAUGAUGAAGCGACGAAUGAAGGUUACUACAACUACUGAGAACUGAAAGCUUCACAACAUUCCCAACAACCACAGGUCUAGUGGACGAGAGGUGUUUUCCAUAUGCUGCAAAAGACGCUAGAAAACUGCCCUGUAAAACGAAAAUGCAGUGUGACGAUAAGAAACGAUAUAGAACCUCAAGCUACUGUGUGGUAGUGCUACUUUUUUAGCGGGUUCUUACAAUGUAGUGCUUACAAUGAAGUGCUUACAAUGUAGUGCUCUUGUUUUUAGAGCCCUCGUGAUUUGUUUUCAUAGCCCUACUUGAUGCUCUUGUUUUCUCUUUUACUCGCCACUUAUUCCUUCCUUGUUGCGCCCACUACUUUCUUAUAUACUCUAUCUUUACAACCUGACGUCUCUAUCACUCAACCAGAUGACCGACGGCGCGCAAGUACGGAGUGAGAUGCUGUUGAACGGUCCCGUUGUAGCUUUAAUUUACGAGUCGAGCAGCUUUUCACUCAUUGUUACAUCAUGUCAUCUCGCGGAAAACGGAAACAAAAAUAGUUCCUUCCCUACUUGGUCGACGAAGUGAAUCUCUCUAUGAAUGACUAAUCAAUCAAGUUUUCCCCACCUCUAACCUGAGUACCUCUACGACGAUUUUCUCGUAUACAAGUCUGGUGUGUACACGCCCAUGGCGACCGCGACGGCCAUCUUGGGAAAGUCGCAGGAGCCCCUUUUGCAUGCAGUGAAAAUUCUCGGGUGGGGCGAAGAAGAAGGAACACCCUACUGGCUUAUCGAGAAUAGUUUUGGAAAGGAAUGGGGAGAAAAGUUAUGACGAUGCUGCACUAGUGAAAAGUUAAUUAGUUAGGAGUGAAUGAAGUACAGCCUAUCGUAUCUCAAGGACUCCUUGCAGGAGACUUAGAUCAUUACCUGAAGGAUCGGAUCAUGAAGUAAUGAAGGUGGCCGUUUGUUCAGGUUCUCGUAUGCUUUCUCUGCUUUACCAUACUUACUUGUAAAACUACACGCACAUCACAGACACAGAAUUUCUGCUUCUCUAAUACGAGGUGUGGGAAAGAUAAUCCGAGCCAAAGCGUUUGGGAAACAAAUGAACAUGGGCGAGUACGAUCCACGAUUAAAGCGCGACAUCGUUCUCUUAGAAUUAAGGCAGAUUUGAGUAGAUUCACAUCAUCAUCAAGGCAGAUUUGAGUCUGGUAUGUAAUAGUAAGUAAUGAGCCUGGUUGUAUGUAUAAUACCUCAAAGAGCUUAAUUGAAGACUCUAGCCUGGUAUGUAAUACCUCAAAGAGCUUACAUGAAGACUCAGAGUCUUCUUUUUAGCUCUCUGAGAUAGAUCUAUUAGAUUGAUUACAGUCUGUGUAUAAGCGACAGAAAAUAGCGGGGUUUCUCCAACUCAAAACGGCGCCUCCCAAAAAGAAGGCUCAGCCCGUAGAACAAGAUUCUCUUGAGAAAAAAACCCUCACUCUUCAACGUGAGAAAAAAGACACCCCAAACCGCUAACAAAAGACUUCGUAUUAUCUGCAGUUCCGUAUACAGCGAGGAUGAAGGAGAUUCAUACAGACCCAGACGCACCUGGAGGGAAGAAAAAUAAGAGGUGAAGGACGACGAUUAAGUAUGUUUUGAGAAUAUUGAAGAUUGAUUUUCGAUUUAUAGUUAAGUAGGCAACAGCUGCAGUAUUGAAGAUUGUCUGCCGAUACAGCUAUUGUGCUUGCUAUGAAAGCAGGUCCACGAUUGACUACGACACUACAGCUAGGAGCAAAGUGGCUUGCCAUUUCAACUUACACAGGAUUAUAUUACAAUCAAACAAUCAUGAUAACCGAUGGGUACACUACAAUUAUUGUUCUUGCUCGCCUUGACAUUUCGUACAGCUAGACGAUCACCAGAAGUAGCUCUAGGGACAGGAGUGUCAGAGACACUGCCACUCUAACCAGAGAUACGGGCUUCGUGCUCGUGAAGACAGAGUGAGUGUGUGGGUCCCCGUCUAAGGCCAGGUGAUCGACAGCUUUGGAGAUUGAAGCAUCGGUGUACAGAAAAGUGGGUAAUCAAUCUUUUCUUGGAUAUAAUGCUAUGCCUAACGUGUCAAACAAAAAAGACCUAAACAAAAAGGGCAGAACGUUGCAACGAAAUGCUAAGAUGUAGAUGAAGAUUGUGGUGCGUACGGCGCUCUAAUGAAUGCACUGAACUUUGUGCGAGGUGUAUUGUAUUGUAUGGCAUUGUAUUCCAUACAUGACCAGUAAUCGACUUCGUAGUUGAUGUGAAGCAC